GUUAAUUAAUUAAAUAUGCAAUAGACAAUAGUUAAUACAUCUAUCUAAUGAUCAAUAUCCAUCCUCAUUUUAUGUUAGGUUUUCAAUUAUAGAUUAUUUAAAAUUUAUUUUGUGCUGAUAAUAAUUAAACCAAAAAUUUAAUUUUAAAAAUCAUUUAAUAUUUUUGCUUAAAUAUUAAAUAAUGUCUAAGUUCAACUAUGACCCUCAUAAAAUAUAUGAAAUUGGCUUCAUAGGCUCAGGAAAUAUGGCUCAAGCUAUUGGACUUGCUUUUAUCAAAAAGGGUAUAUGUAAAGCAGAAAAUUUAAUUGUAUCAUCGCCUUCGGAGAAUAAUAAAAAAGUAUGGAGAGAUAUUGGUGCAGCCGUAACAACUGAUAAUAAUGAUGUGUUUGUUAAUACUAAAAUAGUAUUUUUAGCUAUAAAACCCCAAUAUUUUCCUAAGGUUACAUCAGAAUUAUUUUUAACAGCUAAGAGUUCUUUAAAUAUUUUGGUAUCAAUUAUGGCGGGAAUAUCACUAAACACAUUACAAAAGGCAUUCAUGUUUGAAUCUAAUGUUAUAUUCAAAGUUAUGCCAAAUACACCUAGUCUAAUAGGAGAAGGAUUUUCAGCUAUUUCUUACCUAAAUGAAGCUAAAUUGGAGGACAUUUCAGUGAACUUGGAAAAAGUUAAACUGUUAAUGAGUGCUGUGGGUAGUGUAGAAGUUAUACCAGAAUCAUUAAUGAACGCAGCUGGAGCAAUUUCGGGUUCUGGUCCUGCUUAUGCAUUUCUUAUAAUUGAAGCAUUAGCAGAUGGUGGUGUAAAACAAGGACUUCCACGUGACUUAGCUGUACGUUUAGCAGCUAGUGCUAUGGCUGGAGGAAGUCGUAUGGUUUUAGAAACUGGAAAACAUACUGGCCAACUAAAGGAUAUGGUAACAUCAGCUGGAGGAUCGACAAUUGCAGCUAUACAUGCUUUAGAAAAAGGAGGAGUUAGAUAUGCCAUGAUGGAUGCAGUUGAAGCAGCUACUAAUAGAUCAAAGGAAAUGGGAGAAAAAAAAUAAUAAUUAAAGUUGAAUUUUAUCAUUUUUUAGAAUUUGUAGUUUAAUAAUCAUCUGUUUCAUUAA